AGUUUCAGUUUCAAUUUCAGUCGAACUCGGGCAGCAACGGCACACGGAAGCAGCAGGCCGCACUCCGUUCCCAACUUCGAAUCGAAACGAUAAAAAACCCUUUAAAAGGCCCUAAAAUAAACCCAAACCGAUCAUAAGCCCAACUGCAAUUGGACUUUGUUGUGGGAACUGCCAAAAAUAACACCUUGCCUUUACUCGCGCAGGGUAUAAAAAGUGAAAUUCGUGCACUUUUCACAGUAAUUUCGCAAUCGGAUCGGGGCAUAAUAAAAAUAAAUAUUACAAAAUUCAAUUAAAGCAAUUGGCAGCUCGUAAAAGUUUACACCAAGGCUAAAUUGUGGUUCAGCUAAGCCGGGAUUAAAUAAAAUAAAAUCGUUGUCGCAGCUUUAAACUUUUUAACACUUUCAUUUUCGUUCAGAGUUGUUUUCGUUGAAUUCGUCAUCGCGGCGCAGCGGUCGCCUUUCGUCGAGUGUGUUAAAUAAUAGUAAACAAAAAAGUGAACGAAACUACCACAUUUUUCGGCAAAUGUUCAACGGCUUUUGUGAACUGAAAACGGAAACUGCAUUUUAAGUUGAUGUUCGACAAGAUGCAAACGAAGGUGUUACUGCUCUGCCUGGCACUUUGUUUGGGAACAUUUCUGCCUGCCCGAGGGCAAUCCGAUGACUCCAAUGAUGAGGAGCAGCCACUACAUCUGACCAACGACGCGUCUUUCUUUCAGCCGCAUCUUCACGAUCGUCGACUGGGUCGCCAGUUGAAUGAGGAUUUGGGUCUGAGCCAGAGUUCCGCCAGUAGUGCCAGCAGCAGCAGUCAGUCAAGUUCCACUUACGAUGAUGAGGAUGAUGUCGAGGGUUCCAGCGAGUACUACGAUAGCGAUGAGGAGCAAUCGGAGGGCAGCAACGACUCCCUGCCUCGGUUGCUCUCCCAAUCCACCUUCAAUCGCAUUUCAGAGACCUUGGGAGCACUUAAUCAUGUUGGUCACAUGCUGGUAGAUAUCACUCGUGGAGGACAGGAUCAGGCAAAAACGGAAGGAGUUGAGAAGAGUGAGGAUAAGAGCCAGGAUGGGCCUUCAAGCUCAACACUGAGUGCCUCUAGCACCACUGAAAUGGUUCCCUCCUCCAGUGCCUCUCCUCUGGGAAAGUCCGAACCACUGGCAGGAGUUUCUGGCAAAUUGAUGGACACUCUACCCAUAACUCUGUCUGCCAAUAGCUUACUGCCAGCUGGCAAGCCGGCUAAUCUAAGUGUUGUCCAAGUGGCCACUAAGAGAAUCGGUAUUGAUGACACAUCACCCAUGUUUGUGGAGAACAAGGAGCUCAAGCUGAAGAAGAAAAAGAAGAAGAACAAGAACAAGCAGAAGGUCAAGAAGCCCGGUGAAGAAGGAGUGGUCCCAGUGGUGCAGGGAGUUCAGCAAUCGCAGCAAAAGAUUAAGAUACCCACUACCCCGCGUACCACAACUACCACAACCACAGAAGCACCCAUCACUCUGAGCACCUUGGAUCAGUUGGCGGAGGCUAGUGAUGAUGAUGCAGGAACUGGUAAGGAUGUGGAGAACUACUGCAAGACUCCAAAUGGAAGAAGAGGUCGUUGUGAGGAUCUCAGCAGUUGUCCCGCUCUGCUACUUAAUCUCAGCAGCUUGAGAGAAUCACUCUGCUUUAAGAGUCUUUAUGUCCCGGGAGUGUGUUGCCCCAUUUCCGCAUCCUCCACUGUUUUGACCACUCAGAAACCUCUGAGGCUGACCACUCGAGCCACAACAACCACCAGCACCACCAAGACCACGCAACCCACCAAGAAGACCACUGUUCGACCCACUACACGACCCACUUCGGGAUUGGUCUUGAUUCCACAAAAGAAACCGCCCACCACCACAACCACCACUACAACAGAGGUGCCACUGGAGCCCGAGGGUCUGGAGGAGAUCGGCAAUAACAUUGUGGAUCCCGAUGAGUGUGGUCAGCAGGAAUACUCCACGGGGAGAAUUGUAGGCGGAGUGGAGGCCCCGAAUGGUCAGUGGCCUUGGAUGGCGGCUAUUUUCCUUCAUGGACCUAAGCGCACGGAGUUCUGGUGUGGUGGUUCUCUUAUCGGUACUAAAUAUAUCCUAACGGCUGCUCAUUGUACCCGAGACUCGCGACAGAAACCAUUUGCUGCACGUCAAUUUACAGUGCGAUUGGGUGACAUUGAUCUCUCCACGGAUGCCGAACCCUCUGAUCCCGUGACCUUUGCCGUUAAGGAAGUACGCACCCAUGAGCGCUUCUCCCGCAUUGGUUUUUACAACGACAUUGCCAUCCUGGUUCUGGAUAAGCCAGUGAGGAAGUCAAAGUAUGUGAUUCCAGUCUGCCUGCCAAAGGGCCUUCGAAUGCCGCCCAAGGAGCGUCUUCCAGGACGUAGAGCAACUGUCGUGGGUUGGGGCACUACUUACUAUGGUGGCAAGGAGUCCACUAGCCAGCGGCAGGCGGAGCUGCCCAUUUGGCGAAACGAAGACUGCGAUCGCAGUUACUUCCAGCCCAUCAACGAGAACUUCAUCUGCGCUGGUUACUCCGAUGGUGGAGUGGAUGCUUGUCAGGGUGACUCUGGCGGCCCUCUGAUGAUGCGAUACGAUUCCCACUGGGUUCAACUGGGAGUGGUAUCUUUUGGCAACAAGUGUGGCGAACCUGGUUAUCCGGGUGUCUAUACUCGUGUCACUGAAUAUCUGGACUGGAUACGCGAUCAUACGAGGGAUUGAUCACCUUCUUGAUCCACUAGCUUGAUCCACCUUAGCCGUAACUGUAGCCUAGGUUUAGGUACGCACUAGUCUAUGUACUCUUAAUGACCCUCCCCCCUCCUGUUCUAUGUGCAGUGUACUAUUUAUUAACCGCAUACCAUUGCUGAUAAAUGGCAUUUGUUGACUAAAUUAUUAAUAUUUAAUUUUGAGAAAUAAAAUGAGUGAAAAACGCAA